AUGACAUUAGAAACUGGAGAGUGUGAAAGGCACAGGGAACUUGCCCGAGGAAGGUCUGCAAUGACACAGAAGCUGCCGUCACGGUCGGUCAGGCCAGUUGCCUCACAUCCUUCAGCUAAGGAAUUGUCAUCCCAUGCAUACAAGCAACAAAUGCCUGUAUUGAUCUUAUUUGAGUGGCAUUUUGUGAAUCUUUGGGAAGGAGUUGGUUUCUACAUCCAAUCUAGUUCAACAUGUGAAGACAAAGGGAAAUGCAUGCACAGAAGUGUUGGGACCAGACUGCCAGCAACAUGCAGUGUCCCUGGCAGAGACGAAGGGAAAUGCUUCAGGAGCUUGAUCCCACUUGUUCAGAACUUCCAUGAAAGCUCUCGACUCUUGUCCGCAGCUGAUUUGGGUACAACAGUUCUUAUAUUCACCAGACAGAAUGCUUGCUCCGCUUGCAUUGUUCAGCUGGAACUGUCGAAACUUGGAAGGGAAAUGGAAGGAGAGAAGGCACAGUGCACUAACGUGAAUGGUAAUAAUCCUGAAGUUCCCAAGGAGAGGAUAAUAAAGUUUAAACCUCCACUGUAGCCACGGUACCAGUUUGUUAAAGAUAUAGUGGAUCAGCAUGAACCCAAGAAGGUUGCAGACCUGGGAUGUGGGGAUACAUCACUCAUAAGGCUGCUGAAAGUCUACCCCUGCAUCAAAGAGCUUGUUGGAGUAGACAUUGAUGAGGAUAAGUUGCGAUGGAGAGGGGAUCAGCUGUCUCCCUUCAUGGGGGAUUUCCUCAAACCACGGGAUCUGGAUCUGACCAUUACCUUGUAUCAUGGCUCUGCAGUGGAGAGAGACUCGCGUUUGCUUGGAGUUGAUCUGAUUACGUGUAUUGAGCUAAUGGAACAUCUGGAUUCAGGUGAUCUGGCCAGAUUUGGGUACGUGUCUCCAGCCAUGGUUGUCAUCAGCACACCAAACUCGGAAUUCGAUCCCCUGUUUCCAACAGAGAACUUCAGAGAUUCAGACCUCAAGUUUGAGUGGAACGGAAUGCACUUUCGGACCUGGGCUUUGUUCGUGGCCAAUCGCUGUGGCCACUCUGGAGUUUACUGGUGUGGGGGCCCGCCAGCUGGAGCCGAGAGCGUGGGCUUCUGUACCCACAUGGGCAUCUUCCAGAAGAAGGAAGAGAGGGCCGCCCAAUCGAGGGUUUGGGAGCGGCUGGACGAGUGCGUGCACAAAGCUGUUUGCACAGCUUCCUACCCAAGUCUACAGCAGGAGAGGGUCCUCAGACUUGUCCUAGUGAAUGCAGUGUCCCGACAAGUGGAGCGCCUGCGGCUGAGGCAUCUGCGAAGGCUGAGCGAAGAGGGGGAGAGGUUGUUGGGGAUACAGCCACCGGAGAAUGACAGCAACUGCCCCUCCUUCGGGCCGGUCUUCACCGAGAAAGCCAGGAUAGAGAAUUCUCCAAGGAAGUUCUUUGCGCCCCUGCGAAGACGGGCUUAUCCCAAACUGCACCGCAUCUGCCCUAAUGAAGACGAGAUGAGGUCACUGGUGGACAACCGUAUCAGCUUGAGCAGCGAUGGUUCUGCAGGUGGCUGA